CUUGACUUAGUUGCGGAUGUUAAACAGGAAAUUUGAUACAGCAAAACAUUUAUAUAAUACAAAAUGGAGCUAACUAGGACUGUGUUUAAAAUUGAAUGGAUUUUAUUGUUAAUAUUUGUUUUAAAUUGUAUAUGUGUGAAUGGUCAGUGUUCAGGGAAAAGAUGUGGUGAAUGUAUAGUAAGUGGUCCAAACUGCCUAUGGUGUAAACAAAAGAAUUACAAUGAAACGAGGUGUGCUGUGGAAGCAACUCUGACAUCAAAUGGCUGCUCAUCAUCUGAAAUUGUUCGCCACCCCGAAGCAAGUGUACAAAAGAUAAAGGAUACACCUUUACAAGAUGGUGGUCCAAAUAAAGAACCUAUACAGCUACAACCACAGGAAGUUAAAAUUAGAUUAGUUCCUAAUAAAGAGUUUAAGUGGUCUUUCAUGUACAGAGUAGCAGAAAACUUUCCAGUUGAUAUAUACUUUCUGGUAGAUCCCUCAUAUACAAUGAGAAAUCUUCGAACUCAGUUAGCAAAUUUAGCUGAUGACAUAGGUACUUCUAUAGGACAAUUAACAAAUGAUUUUAGAUUCGGAUAUGGUACAUCAAUGGACAAAGUAACUUUACCCUACACUCAUACAACACCAGAAUAUUUACAAAAUCCAUGUCCUGGUGAUUCUACUCUUACAUGUGCUCCACCACAUUCCUUUUUACACAGGCUGAACCUUACCAAUAACGUCCAACAAUUUAGAGAUGUUGUAAGAGCUACCGCAACAACAGCAAACAGAGAUAAAACAGAAGGGUUGUUAGAUGGGGUGAUGCAGGUUGCAGUUUGUGGGGAUAAAAUAGGAUGGAGAAAUAAGGCCAGAAGAAUGUUGAUAUAUGCCUCUGAUGUUGAUUAUCAUUUUGCUGGGGAUGGAAAGUUAGCUGGUAUUGUAAGACCUCACGAUCUACAAUGUCAUCUUGCUCCGGAUGGACCAAACAUGAAAUAUACACACGAUACCAUAUUGGACUACCCAUCAAUUGGACAGAUAAGAAAAGCUAUAACAGAUAACAAUAUAAAUGUAAUAUUUGUAAUUGAUGAUCGUGAGGGCUACAAAAAUUAUUAUGUCAAGCUAAACCCCGAUAUCCCAGGAUCCUUUACAGAAGAGUUAUCUCAAGAUGCUACCAACAUCCUGUCCAUUAUAAGAACUACCUAUGAGAAACUGAGAAGUACAGUAAAUUUUGUUAAUGAACCUUUCGAAAACAUUGCCACAGAAUACUGGUCAGCUUGUGGAGGGAGAAAAUCUCAAACUGAUCAAAGAUCAACAUGUUCCAAUAUAACAGUAGGCAACACUAUAGAAUUUGAGUUUCGUAUGACCCUCAAUAUCAACAAAUGUCCUGAUAACGUAAAUGAAAGGACUGUGAAAUCCUCAAUCCAUCCUGAGGGUCUAGAAGAUAGAUUAGAUGUAAAUGUGGAGUAUAUAUGUGAUUGUGAUUGUCAGGCUCCGGACCAAGCAAUAGAGAAUUCAACAGAAUGUAAUGGACAGGGACGAUUGGAGUGUGGUGUAUGCCACUGUUAUGAUGGUUGGUCAGGUGAUGAGUGUGAUUGUGACAUUAGUAAGACACAAGAAGAAACAUGUGGACAGACCACUGAUGGUGUCAAUUAUAUUAUAUGCAGUAAUGUAGGGGAGUGUCAAUGUGGUAAAUGUGUAUGUCCUGCUGACUACACUGGGGACUACUGCGAAUGCUACAACAAGGGAUGUGGUGGAUAUAUUGGAACAGGGGAACUUUGUAAUGGGAAUGGUGUGUGUCAGUGCUCUAAUUGUGUUUGUAAUGAAGGUUACAAUGGUACAACCUGUGACUGCCCUACAUCAACAGAUGCUUGUACUAAUUCUAAUGGGACAAUAUGUUCAGAUCGUGGUCAGUGUGUUUGUGGAAAAUGUGUGUGUGAUGAUAACAACUAUCGCGGAUCACAAUGUCAGGAAUGUCCAACUUGUCCGGGGCAGUGUAAAGCAAAUCAAGACUGUGCAGAAUGUGUUGGCUUCAAACAGGGUAAACUCAUUGAAUCCGAAUGUACGACACAAUGUUCCCAUGUGGAUACUGAUGCUGUAUUACCAAUUGAAAAUGUUACCAAGUGCCAGUUCUUUGAUGAUGAAGGAUGCCAGAUUGAGUUUACUUAUGAGUAUGAUGAAGAAUUUCAACUUAAAGUUGUAGUAAAAGAUACAAAAACUUGUCCACCAGGGCCACCUGAUGCCACAACUUUAGCUUUAGGUGUAAGUGGUGCCAUCUUUUUGGUUGGAUUACUGCUUCUGUUGAUAUGGAAACUGUUGACAUCAUGUUUAGAUGGCAUGGAGUAUAAGAAAUUUGCAACAGAAAUAAACGAUCCUAAAUGGGGUUUUGAGAAGAACCCAAUCUAUAAGGACUGUAUAACAGAAGUCCAAAAUCCAAUGUGUGAUAUAUCUCAGGGACCAGAUGGACCUGCUGCAGAAGGAAUGGGAAAUGUAGUUAUGAGGAAAAAAUAAUGUUCUGCUGUUUUUGACAGAUUUGUUCAAACAUUUCAAGUGCAAUAGUGUUUUCUGUUGAUAUUUCACGGGAGAUAACCUAACAUAGAGAAUAAACAUAAUUUUGAAAAUGAUAACUCUACGAUUUAGAUAUAACUUCUUUCAAAAGAAAGUUUACAAUUUGUUAUCAACCCUAAAUAGAAGGAAUAAAUUUUUAUUUAAGCUUAGGGCUGUUCUAGAAACAAAAUAUUAAACAUGAAGGUUUCAGGGCACCAUUUUCACAUCCAUUACUCAGUUUUUGAAAAGAAAUCUAUUUGAUUUCUGAAAAAUAAUUUCCAACUGUAAAAAAGUAAAGCCAUAUAGAGGUAGAGUUAAAGUGCCUUAGUAGAUUUGUGUAUUUAUUAAACCAUAUAAAACAGAUGAUUUAAGAAUUGUAUUUAUUCUAGAAAUAGCUUGGUCAUAUUCCUUAUUAAAAUAUCCAAUCUUACUCAAUGUUAUUUAAUCAUUUCGAUUGAAAAUCUUGUCAAAUUGUUGAUAUUCCUCAAUAACAUUUAUUUGUUGGUAACAAAUGAAAAUAAAAAUCUUGAGACACAAAUUGACAACAUUUACUAAUAUUCAAAUAAGAAGUGACAUGAAGUAUAUCAUAUUUAAUGUAGCUAAUUCAAAUUUUUUUGGAAAAUAUUGUCUCAGGAUUUUUCUAUGGUGAUGCAUGAAGAGAAUUCAAUAAAAAAAUAUAAUGAAAAGAUAAUACAAUGUUAGAACAGCACUAGAACUAGGAAUGAAGAAUUGGUGGAAUUUUCCCUAUUUUAAGAAAAAUAAAUGAUUGAUGCAGUGGACAUUAGAAACAUGCAGCCAUGACUGAGAAACUAAUGAUAAAUUUCUUUCCCUAAUACAAUGUUAAAACAACACUUUUGGUGCAUAUGAUUGAUCUUGAUGGUGUGUAACUGGUGCUAUUAUGUAUGGAAGGAUUUUGAAUGCCUGAGUAAAUUGUAAGACAAAAUUCAAAUAACCAAUGCUGAUAUCUGACAGACAAAUCUUUCUUUUUCUGUUGUUAUAUAUGGGGAACUGCCAACAACAGAGACUGCCAUAUAUAAAAAUAAAGGUUAUAAUUCAAAAUUUGAAGACUGUGUCUGGUGAAUGGAUAUAUAAUUGUAUAUCAUUAAAAAUCAUAUAUAUAAAUGUGCUUUGUUAAUCUUUCAUUAAAUUUUGUAUUUUUA